AUGUCCAUCGACCCAACAGCUCAUUCUCUGCCCUCAGAUACAAGCAUCUCCUCCGCUUUAGCCUCCCAACGCAAUGCCAGCGGCUACGACUGUACGCCCUGCCGACUCAUGGGCUCCGCAACAUUUGUCGGUCUGGGCGCAUACACGUACUAUUCUGGCAUGAAACAGCUUCGACAGGCAGAGGUGCAACAGCAGAUUUUGAAGAGUGGAAGUAAAUUUGGGUUGGGUGCGAGGAAGGCGAGUAUUUUGGGGUUGAGUAUGGGGUGUGCUGCGUUGGGGAUGUAUAGGUUGGUGAAUUGA